AUGAACAGCGAACAGGAAAAACGAAAAAAAGUAUCAACACUUUGUCGUGACAAUGCACAAUGUGUUGACAAUAUGGCAAUUGAGCUCACAGACCGCGCAAAUGAUUCCAACCUCGCAAUGUCCUGUCGACAGUUGAGUGCGUUCGGUUCUACUAUGGUGAUUGUCAGGGUGACAAGAAGAACUUCAUAUCCAAAAAAUUAUAUCAAGAGAAGGUAA